GUGCGGGAUUCCGGGGCCGAGAGAGGGUGGCGGAGCCGGGACCUCGCGUGAUUCUCGGAACCCGAGGAGAAGCGGCGUCUGUGGCUAUGGCUGUAACUCUCGACAAAGACGCUUAUUAUCGACGAGUGAAGAGACUGUACGGCAAUUGGAGGAAAGGAGAAGAUGAGUAUGCCAAUGUUGAUGCCAUUGUUGUAUCAGUGGGUGUUGAUGAAGAAAUUGUUUAUGCCAAAUCAACUGCCUUACAGACAUGGCUCUUUGGUUAUGAACUAACUGAUACUAUCAUGGUAUUCUGUGAUGACAAAAUCAUCUUUAUGGCCAGCAAGAAAAAAGUGGAGUUCUUGAAACAGAUUGCCAACACUAAGGGCAAUGAGAAUGCUAACGGAGCCCCUGCCAUCACACUACUCGUACGAGAAAAGAAUGAAAGUAACAAGGGCAGCUUUGACAAAAUGAUUGAAGCCAUUAAAGAAAGCAAGAAUGGCAAGAAGAUUGGAGUGUUCAGCAAAGACAAAUUUCCAGGAGAGUUCAUGAAGAGCUGGAAUGACUGCCUCAACAAAGAGGGCUUUGACAAAAUAGACAUCAGUGCAGUUGUGGCCUAUCCCAUUGCUGUAAAGGAGGAUGGAGAGCUCAAUCUAAUGAAAAAAGCAGCUAGCAUCACCUCUGAGGUCUUCAACAAAUUCUUCAAGGAAAGAGUCAUGGAAAUAGUUGAUGCAGAUGAGAAAGUUCGACACAGCAAACUGGCUGAGUCUGUGGAAAAGGCCAUAGAAGAGAAAAAAUACCUAGCUGGGGCAGACCCUUCUACUGUGGAAAUGUGUUACCCUCCUAUCAUUCAGAGUGGUGGCAACUAUAACCUCAAGUUCAGUGUAGUGAGUGACAAGAAUCAUAUGCAUUUUGGGGCCAUUACCUGUGCCAUGGGUAUUCGCUUCAAAUCUUACUGCUCAAACCUUGUUCGCACUUUGAUGGUUGAUCCUUCUCAGGAGGUUCAAGAAAAUUACAACUUUUUGCUUCAGCUGCAAGAGGAGCUGCUAAAGGAACUAAGACAUGGUGUGAAGAUAUGUGAUGUAUAUAAUGCUGUCAUGGAUGUGGUUAAAAAGCAGAAGCCAGAGCUGCUGAACAAAAUUACCAAAAACCUAGGGUUUGGAAUGGGCAUUGAAUUCCGUGAAGGUUCUUUAGUAAUUAAUAGUAAAAAUCAGUACAAACUAAAGAAAGGGAUGGUUUUCAGCAUCAAUUUGGGAUUCUCAGAUUUGACUAACAAGGAAGGGAAGAAACCAGAAGAGAAAACCUAUGCCCUGUUCAUUGGAGACACAGUGCUUGUGGAUGAGGAUGGCCCAGCUACCGUUCUCACUUCUGUGAAGAAGAAAGUGAAGAACGUAGGGAUUUUUCUAAAGAAUGAAGAUGAGGAAGAAGAGGAAGAGGAGAAAGAUGAAGCUGAGGACCUGUUGGGAAGAGGUUCCAGAGCAGCUUUACUUACGGAAAGAACACGAAAUGAGAUGACUGCAGAAGAGAAGCGAAGAGCCCAUCAAAAAGAACUGGCAGCUCAACUCAAUGAGGAAGCAAAGAGGCGAUUAACUGAACAAAAAGGGGAACAGCAGAUUCAGAAAGCUCGUAAAUCUAAUGUGUCCUAUAAAAACCCAUCUUUGAUGCCUAAGGAACCACACAUUCGGGAAAUGAAGAUCUAUAUUGAUAAAAAAUACGAGACUGUAAUAAUGCCUGUGUUUGGCAUUGCGACACCUUUUCACAUUGCCACAAUCAAGAAUAUAAGUAUGUCUGUGGAAGGAGAUUAUACUUACUUGCGAAUCAACUUCUAUUGCCCAGGCAGUGCUCUGGGCAGGAAUGAGGGCAACAUCUUUCCCAACCCAGAAGCCACUUUUGUCAAGGAAAUUACAUACCGAGCUUCAAAUAUGAAGGCACCUGGAGAACAGACAGUUCCAGCCUUGAACCUUCAGAAUGCUUUCCGAAUUAUAAAAGAAGUGCAGAAGCGUUAUAAGACUCGAGAAGCGGAAGAGAAAGAGAAGGAGGGCAUUGUGAAACAAGAUUCACUGGUGAUCAAUCUAAACCGGAGUAAUCCCAAACUGAAAGAUCUGUACAUUCGCCCAAACAUUGCCCAAAAGAGGAUGCAAGGCUCACUGGAGGCCCAUGUCAAUGGUUUUCGCUUCACGUCUGUCCGAGGAGACAAAGUGGAUAUUUUGUACAAUAACAUCAAGCAUGCUUUGUUCCAGCCAUGUGAUGGGGAAAUGAUUAUUGUCUUGCACUUUCACCUCAAGAAUGCCAUCAUGUUUGGGAAGAAGCGGCACACAGAUGUGCAGUUCUACACAGAAGUCGGGGAGAUCACCACAGACUUGGGGAAACAUCAGCAUAUGCAUGACCGAGAUGACCUCUAUGCUGAGCAGAUGGAAAGAGAAAUGAGGCACAAACUGAAAACAGCCUUUAAAAAUUUCAUUGAAAAAGUAGAGGCUCUAACAAAGGAGGAACUGGAAUUUGAAGUGCCUUUUAGGGACUUGGGAUUUAAUGGUGCUCCCUAUAGGAGUACCUGCCUCCUUCAGCCUACUAGUAGUGCGCUGGUAAAUGCUACAGAAUGGCCACCUUUUGUGGUGACGUUGGAUGAAGUGGAGCUGAUUCACUUUGAGCGAGUCCAGUUUCACCUGAAGAACUUUGACAUGGUGAUCGUCUACAAGGACUACAGCAAGAAAGUGACAAUGAUCAAUGCGAUUCCUGUUGCCUCUCUUGACCCCAUCAAGGAAUGGUUAAAUUCCUGUGACCUAAAAUACACAGAAGGCGUACAGUCCCUCAACUGGACUAAAAUUAUGAAGACCAUUGUUGAUGACCCUGAGGGCUUCUUUGAACAAGGUGGCUGGUCUUUCCUGGAACCUGAGGGUGAGGGGAGUGAUGCUGAGGAAGGGGAUUCCGAGUCUGAAAUCGAAGAUGAGACUUUUAAUCCUUCAGAGGAAGACUAUGAAGAAGAGGAGGAGGACAGUGAUGAAGAUUAUUCAUCAGAAGCUGAAGAAUCAGAUUAUUCCAAGGAAUCAUUGGGCAGUGAAGAAGAGAGUGGAAAGGAUUGGGACGAACUGGAGGAAGAAGCCCGAAAAGCCGACCGUGAAAGCCGCUAUGAGGAAGAAGAAGAACAGAGUCGAAGUAUGAGCCGGAAGAGGAAGGCAUCUGUGCACAGUUCAGGCCGAGGCUCUAACCGAGGUUCCAGACACAGCUCUGCGCCUCCCAAGAAAAAGAGGAAGUAAUUUCAGAACUUUGGCCCUCAGCUCCAUUCUUCCUACAGCCAAUCCCUGAAAAUUUUACAUGACAUAGAAACUGUAUUUUUCCUUUUUUUUUUUUUCUUUUGAAGUUUUGCCAUUUGUGUAUGGGUUUAGGGGGCCAUUUGUGUGGACCAAGCUACUCGGGGAAUUCCAGGCCCACCAGGACACGUGCCAAUGGCCCCAUCCAGAUGGCAAGGGAGGAGGUGUUCUUGAAGAUGGGCAGAGGCUUCCGCUGUUAAUAAAUACCGUUUCAUUCCUC